CCAAGAUGCAGUUCCUAAUUCAAUUUGUACGUUUCAUUUCAGAAAUCGUAUGGUUUUCUCAUGAAGCAGAUCUUAUCAAACUCUGGUAGCAGAUACAACUUGCUUUCCUUCCAUGGCAUCCAUAAGCAUAAUCCUUCUCUUGUCAGUAUUUGUUUCUUUACAUUUAUCCUGUUCUAAUGCUCAAACUUGGAUUAAAGCCGGUUACUGGUAUGCUGGCAGUGAAACCCCCAUUCCUGACAUAAAUUCUGCCUUGUUUACACACCUUAUAUGUGCCUUUGCCAACGUCAAUUCCUCCAACUACCAGCUUUCCAUCCCCUCAGCAAAUGAACAAUACUUCUCCAACUUCACCAAUAUUGUCAAACGCAAGAACCCAUCUGUGGUCACAUUUCUGUCUAUCUGGAAUGGACAAGCUGCCACGGCUCAAUCUAUCUUGGGUAACGAAGUGAACAAUUCAGUAUUGUCUUCAAUGCUCAACCAAUCUUCCCACAGAAAGUCUUUCAUUGAAUCUUCAAUCAGAACAGCAAGAAAAUAUGGGUUUCAAGGCAUAGAUUUAUUCUGGCUUUGGCCUAAUAUCGCCUCAGACAUGACCAACAUGGGAGUUCUGUUGGAUGAAUGGCGAGCUGAAGUGAAUUCUGAAGCCAGAAACACUGGACAAGCACAAUUGAUAUUGAUGAUGGCCCUUCGCUACUUGCCAACUUUUGAAUUUGGGACAUACCCGAUUGAUUCAAUACGAAGAAACAUGGACUGGGCACAUGUUAUAGCAUAUGACUAUCAUCUGCCUUCGAAGGAGAAAUUUACACAUGCUCAUGCUGCUUUAUAUGAUCCAUCAAGCUAUGUUAACACUGAUUAUGGUAUAAGGGACUGGUUGGCUAAAGGAUUUCCAGCAAACAAACUGCUUUUGGGUUUGCCUUACCACGGGUACGCUUGGGCACUUGUGAAUCCAAAAGAAAAUGCAAUUGGUGCACCAUCAUCAGGGAAGGCAGAAACAGAAGAUGGAAGCAUGAGUUACAAGUACAUCAAAGGGUACAUUCAAAGCUAUGGUUCUACACCUAUGUUCAAUUCUACUUAUGUUGUGAAUUACUGCAUUAUUGGAUCCACUUGGAUUAAUUUCGAUGACGUGGAGGCUAUCAGAGCUAAGAUUGCUUAUGCAAAGGAGAAGAAGCUACUUGGCUACAAUGUGUUUCUGGUCAGCAACGACGACAAUUGGGUGCUUUCUCGAGCAGCUCAAGAGGAAGAAAAUGGACAUGGAAACAAGCGAAAGUCAUUGUUAAUAAUUCUACUUCCAAUAGCUUUGAUCAUUAUCCUUUUAGCCUUCAUGGUGUACUGCCUACAAAGCAGAGUACUGGAGCCAAAAGGCAUAUUUCUUUUCGGCAGAAGAGGUCUAUCUGAGCCAGUAACCAAUCCAUCGGCUGCUGAAAAUCAUGAUGGCAGUGUUCCUCAUCUGCAAGUAUUCAGCCUCUCCAGCAUCAUAGAGGCCACAAACAAUUUCUCAAUCGCAAACAAGAUUGGAGAGGGUGGUUUUGGCUCUGUCUAUAAGGGAAUGUUACCUAGAGGACAGGAAAUAGCUGUGAAGAGACUGUCAAAAACUUCUACUCAAGGACAUGAAGAGUUCACUAAUGAGGUUACUCUUACCGCAAGACUUCAACAUGUAAAUCUAGUUAGAGUGAUAGGGUUCUGCAUCGAGAAUGAAGAAAAGAUGCUAAUCUAUGAAUACAUGCCAAACAAAAGCUUGAAUUUCUACCUCUUUGAUCCAAUUGGAAGGCAUAUCUUAGAUUGGAGAAAACGUAUUCACAUCAUUGAGGGGAUUAUUCAAGGGCUUCUAUAUCUCCAAGAAUACUCAAAUUUUACUAUAAUUCACCGAGAUCUCAAAGGUAGCAACAUUUUACUGGACAAGAAUAUGAAUCCGAAGAUAUCAGAUUUUGGAAUGGCUAAACUUUUUGGAAAAGAUGAGCAUGAAGCAAACACAGACAGGAUUGUUGGAACAUAUGGCUAUGUUCCUCCGGAAUAUGUGAGAAAAGGUAUAUACUCCAUGAAAUAUGAUGUCUAUAGCUUUGGAGUUCUACUUCUGCAAAUCAUAAGUGGCAAGAGGAAUGCCUGUUAUUAUGGCGUGAACGAGACAUCGAACCUUCUUGAAUACGCAUUUGAGUUGUGGAGAGAAGGUGAAGGCAUGAGGUUUAUGGAUCCAUCACUUGAUGAUUCAUCUUCGGCAUGCAAACUCGUGAGAUGCUUGCAAUUAGCUUUGUUAUGUGUCGAAGAAAAUCCAGUGGACAGACCAACAAUGUUGGAAGUUUAUUCAACGCUUAAAAAUGACAAUGGACCUAUUGCCACACCUCGAAAGCCAGCUUUCUCCAUUAAAACUGAUGAGAGUAUGGGGAGCAGUUCUACAUCACAGCAAAGAUGUUCUGCAGCUACAAGUUCACUAAUUUCCCAAAUAAUACCAAGAUAACCGGGCUAGCUUUUGGUGGGAGACAUGGUUGACUAAAGAGAUAUUUGUUUCUAACUUUUGUUUGUGUUGUCAAUUGUUUGUGGGUUCCACCAAUUUGGACCCAUCUCCGGAUGAUACACUAGUUUCUUCAUGUAAAUCGUUGAGAUGCCUGCAAAUUGCUCUUUUAUGCGUCCCGGAAAAUGCAAUUGAUAGGCCAACCAUGUUAGAGGUUGCUCCAAUCCUCAAGAGCGAAAGCUCUGCUCUUAAGUUCCCUAAAUUUCCUGCCUUUUCUAUAAAAGGAAACAAAGAGAAGGAAAACAAAUCUCAAUUGAAGCCAGAAAAUUGUUCCAUCAAUGAUACAACAAUCUCCGAAAUGGUUGCUCGAUAAUUAAGCAUGGAUUGGCUCGAGGCUCGCUCAAGCGAAUAACAUAUGUAAGGGAUAAAAUAUAACAGGCCCAUGAUAUUUCCUAAGCCCAACCCAAUGGGAGGGACUCAUCAGGAGGGAGGAAUGAGAAGAAAAAGGGAAAGUACAAAAGAUUGAAGGAGUGCAGAGUGUCAGGAAGAAGAUGGGGGAAGUGACAGAGUAAAGGGGAAGUGACGUAAAGAACGAGUGAAGGGAUGUAAAGCAAGGGAUAGAAGAUAAAAGACGAGGGAACCAGACGACUUGGGAGGACUUUUGGCCAGGCUUCUUGGAGACUUCAUCUUCUUUAACCUCACCACAGAGACUCCAGCGAGAUGAUGAAAUCUAGAUGACAGAACUCAAAUCUCCAUUGUACAGUGAGGAUGAGAGACCAUGAGAGAUUGUAAAAAUGCAUAUUAUAGUGGACUCUCCCCCUCCCCGAACCCCCGUGGACAUAGGCCCAGUGCUCAAUCACUUAAAUCUGUAUGUCUCCGUCUAU